CCGCACUUGGCUCCCAUCUCGCUGGCAGACGGCUUUCGCUCCAUCCGGCCUCCAGACAGAGCCCUUGCCAUCAUGUCCGCACCAGCCCCACCCGUAUCGAUCGCCCGCAUCUAUGCCACCGCCAAUCAAGAACGGCCCCAGGAGUACUGGGACUACGACAACAUGGUUAUCGAAUGGGGAGGCCAGGACAACUACGAAGUCGUUCGAAAGGUCGGACGAGGCAAGUACAGUGAAGUCUUUGAGGGAAUCAACAUCGAAAACAACGAAAAGUGCGUCAUCAAGGUCCUGAAGCCCGUGAAGAAGAAGAAGAUCAAGAGAGAAAUCAAGAUUCUGCAGAACCUGUCCGGAGGCGUCAACGUUGUGAGCCUUCUGGACGUCGUCAGAGAUCCUCAGUCCAAGACCCCUGCCCUGAUCUUUGAGUAUGUCAACAAUACCGACUUCAAAGUCCUCUAUCCAAAACUCACCGAAUACGACAUCCGGUUCUAUAUCUUUGAGCUGAUCCGGGCUCUGGACUUUUGCCAUUCGCAUGGCAUUAUGCACCGGGACGUCAAGCCUCAUAAUGUCAUGAUCGACCACGAGAGACGCAAGCUCCGCCUGAUCGACUGGGGUCUGGCCGAGUUUUACCAUCCCGGAAUCUCGUACAACGUCCGCGUUGCCUCACGAUACUUCAAAGGACCCGAACUGCUCGUUGAUUUCCAGGAAUACGACUACUCUCUGGAUAUGUGGAGCUUGGGAUGCAUGUUCGCCAGCAUGAUCUUCCGUAAGGAGCCGUUCUUCCACGGACACGAUAACAACGACCAGCUGGUGAAGAUCGCCAAGGUCUUGGGCACAGAUCGUCUCUUUGAGUACAUUGAAAAGUACGACAUUGAGCUGGAUCCUGUGUAUGAUGAGAUCCUCGGAAGACACGCCCCCAGGCCGUGGAUUCGAUUCAAGACUGCUGAGAACGAAAAAUACGUCAACGACUUGGCACUGGACUUUUUGGACAAGUUAUUACGCUACGACCACGCCGAGCGGCUGACGACAGUCGAGGCAAUGCAGCAUCCUUACUUUGAUAUCGUGAGGGAGCAUGAGGGAUUCGAUGUUCGUGGACGUCUGCUCAACCAAUAGUGCACCACCCAACCCCACUGCCGGAACCGGCUACUGUCCCAUCUUGCCGACAUUGACAUUGAUAUCGACAUUGAUAUCGACACCGACAUUGGAAUCGACAUUGGAAUUGACUCUGAAGGACAGCCAUUGCCUGUCCCUCGAUCACCUGGCCGUCUGAGCAUCAUCGCCAGCUUGCCUGCAAUGGGCAGGAGACGACGCGCUGCCUGUCCAUUCCUCCUUUUUGCGAGCCCAGCGGCUCGGCACCAUCACUUUACAGGCGAUCCAAUAAAAAACGGGACACCCAGGUUUUGACCAUUGA